AUGGCGGUGGUGUCCGGUCUGCUCGUACAAAGCGUGUAUCGAUUGUCCGCGACCUGGGCUGCCCUGUCCUCACGUGAUCGAUCAGCAUUCCGAAAAUUGGCUGAUUUGUUCUCACAAGAUCAGAAUUUUGUCAAUCUGCGCACUGCCAUUGACACGGCUCGACUACCGUGUAUUCCCUAUUUAGGUGAGUGUCAGUCCAUUUAUUUUCAUUCCUUCAUCCCCUGUCUGAGGCAAGUGGAUGACCUUCCGAUGCUCAUUGUGACCCAAAUUAAUGCGAGAACUGACUGCUUAAGAAACGUAGAAUGCACAAUCAUUAAACUUAGAGGUAUCAUCUUGUUUGUCCAACCAACGAUUUAG